AUGGGACGCCGCAAAUCGAAAAGAAAGCCUCCACCGAAACGAAAAGCUAUAGAACCUCUCGACCAACAAUUUAAUUGUCCUUUCUGUAACCACGAAAAGUCAUGUGAAGUUAAAAUGGAUCGAGCGAGAAAUACAGCAAGAAUUCAAUGUCGAGUAUGCUUAGAAGACUUCCAAACAACAACUAAUGUUUUAUCAGAACCCAUCGAUGUUUAUAAUGAUUGGGUGGAUGCCUGUGAAACUGCAAAUUAA